UGUACUUCACAGGUGGCUUCCUGGCUCCGAGUCCGUACACUUCCUGACUGUCCGUCUCACAGCGUCACUGCAGAACGACGAGCGAGUUGACAGCAGAGUGACCCUGUGCUUCAGAACCGGAUUUACAACUCUGACCGAGGAGACCCGGAAGCCCGAAAGGUGAAUCAGAAUGGCUCAGGGGAUACCAGAUGAGGUGAUGAUGAAUACUGCACUUAUAAAAGACUUGGCAGAAGUGGCCAGAGAUGCAGCACUCCAGCAGGGUGUCCUAAUGAGGAUCAAAGAGACUCCCAACUCAUCGGAGUUGGUGACUUACACUUCAUUCACACUCUUCCCCACGCCAGUGCCUAAAGCUGUGUUCCACCAGGCUCUGGCAGUGCAAACUCACUACAACACCCUGGUGGACAGGAUCAGCCAGGAUCCAGACUUUCUGCAGGAAGCUCUUGCCAGCACCAUCGCAGUGGAUGACUUCACAGCGAGGUUGUUCAAGAUCCAUCAACAGAUCCUGAAAGAAGGAAGGUCUCAAUCUAUUGUGUUGGGUCUCAAUCGCUCUGACUACAUGCUGGACCAGAGCGAGGACGGGAUGUCAUCUCUAAAACAGAUUGAGAUCAACACCUUUGCUGCUAGUUUUGGAGGUCUCUCAUCACGCACGCCAGACUUACAUCGACAAAUACUUAGGGUAGCCGGCCGCCUGGAGGAGAGUGAACGCAUCCUCGACAAUAAUCCUGCUGCUGGUCUGGCUGGAGCAAUUGCUAAAGCCUGGGAGCUGUAUGCAUCAGAGGGAGCCAUCGUCAUGUUCUUGGUGGAAGACACCCAAAGAAACAUCUUUGACCAGCGAUGUAUUGAGUAUGAACUGUGGAAGAAAAACAUUCCCACAAGAAGAAAGCGGUUUGAUGAUGUUAGUAAAACAGGAACACUUCAGGACAAGAAGCUUUUUGUUGAUGGCCUGGAGGUUGCAGUGGUGUACUUCAGGAAUGGCUACAUGCCUCAGAACUACGUUUCUGAAAAGUACUGGGAUGCUCGUCUUCUGAUUGAGCGCUCCCUGGCUGUGAAGUGUCCAGACAUCGGCACCCACCUGGCUGGAACCAAGAAGGUCCAGCAGGUGCUCGCACAGCCUGGAGUUCUGAAGAAGUUCUUCCCCGACCAGCCUCAGGUAGUGGAGCAGAUCAGAGCAACAUUCGCUGGCCUCUACACUUUAGACAUGGGCCCAGAGGGUGACCAAACAGUAGCGAUGGCUCUGGCAUCACCGGACCGGUUUGUCCUGAAGCCCCAGCGAGAAGGAGGAGGUAAUAACAUCUAUGGCUCAGAGAUCUGCAAGAUCCUGGAGGGAAUGAAGGAGCCUUCUGAGAGGACGGCCUAUAUUCUGAUGGAUAAAAUCCAUCCCACCCCCUCAAACAACUACCUGCUGAUGCGAGAUGCUCCCCUCCAGAUCUGCAGCUGUCUCUGUGAACUGGGAGCGUUUGGAGCAUAUGUCAGACGAGGUGAAGACAUGGUGAUGAACGAGUGUGUGGGCCAUCUUCUGAGGACCAAGAGUUCAGAACACGCAGAUGGAGGCGUAGCAGUGGGGGUCGCUGUGCUUGACAAUCCUCUCCUCUUCUGAGAAGUUACUCUUUUCCUCGCUGGGCUUUCAACACAAAAGGCACAAAUGGUAAACGGUGGAAACGAAGUUGCACUUUUGAGACGCAUUGUAACUUUGUCCUCAAACAGCAUGAAAAGAAUGAGCAAAUAUGUCUCAUUUAUAUACAUAUAUUACAUUUAUAGCUAUAAAGUGUUUUAUGAGGACCAAUUUACAGUUUUUACAGGGCUGAUCUCAAAUACACACUCAAGGGUUUAGGGAAGUUAUAAUACUUCUUGCUUGUUAGAGAUUUAAAAGCAUCAUUUUAAUAGAAUAUUCUCACUUCAGCAACACGUUAGAAUUCCAUUAUUUUGCAAUAAAUGCUGAUAUGGGGACAUUUAUGGAAUAAUGUUAACUGUUACUGUAUCACUUCACAGUAUAAACAUGAUAAAGUUGGACCAAAUCACCACCUUGUGGUACUCAAAUGUUACUACAACAUGUUCCAAUAUGUUGUGAACCAGUGUGGCCGCCCCCUGUUAUUAAAGGUGGUUAAAAAAGGUCUUAUAUAUAGUUCAAUACAAUUUAACACAACUGCAGCCUCCCACUGAUACAGUUCUAGUUUAGGAAAGCCCUAGUUAAAUGAAACACUCUCAGGAUUACUAGUUUAAUAAAAAAUAAAUGAUAAAGUGUCCUUAAUUAACAGCUGUCUGAGAUUUAUUUCACUAUGUUUAUCAUUUGAACUAUGCCAAGUACUAAAAUUACUUCAAACUCAUAUUAAGAGCCACCACAGGUGGUGAAGUGACCACACAAUACCACAAUAAUCUAACAAUAAUAAUCAUUAUAACAAAUUUCUAUCGUACCUUUCAUACCAAAAGGUAUCCAGCUCAAGGUUCUGAGCAGAACGCUCUGAUUUUAAGUGGCAGUGACACUGGAAUAAAAAUGUUGACAUUCAA